AUGCCUAUUAGUAUUUACACGCUCGCUACCAGUAAGGGUAUUGAUUCUGCGGCCUUGCGCACGGUACUUGCUCGUCCGAGCAAUUCCCAGUCAUCCCAGCGAAUUCGGCACUCCACAAACGACGAUCCCAUUGUCAUCGACCUAAUAUCCGAUGAGGAUGAAAAGGUCGUUCCACAAGCUGCUAUGGGUAUAAUGGAGUCAGGAAAGUGUGCCUCAAAUCCCAUUUGCCUUGAUAUGGAUGCGGACGACAAUCAAGACGACAAAUCCGAUGUAGGUCCCACCCAUCUCAUAGAUUUCAACCUAUUUCCUAGGGAGAAUUCGCUUCGAGGCUCUCCCCCUCAAGUUGUACAGUCCCAUCUGGAAGACAGCGGGCUGCAUCUGUCGUCGAAUUCGGGCGCGAACAGUCUACAUGUCAGUCCUAAACGAGACACACAUCCCUAUGUGGUCACAGACAACGUUCUCCUGCUGGGAUCGCAGUUUGUAACGGCUGAGUCCCUGGGACGGAAGUCCUCGAGGGGGGCGCAUGCCAGCGGUUCUAGGUGUUCUCUGACCAGCUCCGUGAAAGAAUACUCGACGGAACCAACUUCAGCUGGGAAAGCAAGACCUGAAGCGCCGAGGGGCACCCCGUUUGUAGAGUCAUUGUAUGGUGAUUUUGCGAUGCUCAGGUCCAGCGACACGGACCAAGGGGUGUCUGAUGAGGAGGAACCUGAAUUACGCGAUGAGUACUCCCAGGACCGUGGUCGAGAGCCCGUUGUGCAAUGUGGAACGGAUGCGCAUCCUGCCAAGACACGCGGACAUUUGUCUAGGCAAAUACCUGGAGAAGGUACAAGAAGUCGCUUAGAGAGCUUGCGAAAUCCGUUGCCAUCGUCCAGAUUGGGUCAAGUUGACGACUGCGAUUCUAGCUCUUCAGAUGAAUCUAUACAUCCAUCGGCUCAUGGAGGUCACGACAAGACCAUCUGUCUAUGGACUGUGAAGCAAUCUGCUGGCCACUUCAGCGCACGGUCAACCCAGCUCCGCAUUACGCACUCUCAGCCUGUUAAUACCCUAGCUUACCGUACUCAUGAUCAGACGGUAUUCUCUGGUGCAGGUCGAUUCAUUUCCGUCCUAGAUAUCAACACGUACAAGGCUCCGGAUCCGAUGCGAGUAUCCGAUGGUGCUAUUUUUCAGAUUCAUAUACAUCCCCAAGACCCUCGGAUUGUCAUCCUCGAGGUCGGUCACUGGGUUCUCAACGCGUAUUUAAUAUCCAACUGA